AACGAGGGGGGCUGUUCAGCCCCGGGGCAGCAGGGAUACCGCUAGUCCGCGGCCAGUCCCCGACCGUUUUCCCACUCAUUGUCUACUCUGCGUGGUUGGCUUUCUGUGGCUGGCGUCGGAGCCUGGUGGUGCACUGCACUACGAGGGAUGGCGCCGAAGGCACGUGCAGAUGCGGCGGGCGGUGGCAACACAAAUUGUGCAAGGACAAGUGGUCAGGUGCUAAGCUGGCCAACCACGCCCAUCGGAAGAGUCGUUUCAGGUGUGGAGUGACCAAAGGCAGUGCAUACGCAGACCCGCCGUCAACGUCUUCAUCGGCACCUAGUGUUCCGCUACAUGCAGCACCAUGGUACAAAGAGAAGUUGUCGAUGCAACAGGAACUCAGCAUCCCCGAGAAGUGGAUCAAAGAGGCAGAUGCGAAAUUGCAGCAAUUGGGAGGCGACGGCGAGAAGAAUAUGGAAGUGGAGCCUCAGCAUGGCGGAGCAGGUGGCGACAGAGACCCGAAGUUGGAGAUCUAGAGGCUUACCAAGCUAAUUGGGUCGACCAGCGGAGUGGACGAUAAAGCCAUCAAAGCACACCGUGAAGAGGCCAUCAAAAAAACGUGACGUGUGGUGUAGCAAGGGCUUGUAGCAGAACCCGCUGCAGGUGCGGAUCAAGCGUGUCGAGCAGAAGACCAGGGCUCGCCAGCACAGCCAGGCUCACUGGCAGCAGAAGGAGGCCAACAUCAGGACCAAGAUCGAGGCGCUCGAGCAGCAACCGAAGGAUGCGCAUGAGCAGCACGUGGCCAAAAGGCAGGGAGUUGCUGGGGCUGGAACAGCACAGGCAACAGCUUGUGGGUCGUGCAGCUCGUCCUCCUGUCACGUCUGCUGAUCGUGAAGAAGAGUCCAAAGCGACGUUGGCGAGCCUCACUGCUGACACCGAGCUCUCGGUCGAGGCGCUGGGGGAGAUGCUGUUGGCCGUGGGGGCGCCUGUCGAGGCCGCGGAAGCGGUGGUUGCAGGUUGCAAGGCAAGAGUGCAGCGGGGUUUGCCGAAGAUGCCCAAGACGCGCAACGACGCGCUGAAGAAUGCAGGGGGGAAGAAGACGACGACUACUUCACCAAGGAGCAGCUCGAACCGAAGAAAUGGAGGGAGUUGUUCGCUUCGUGUGGGGGUGGUGCUGCUGUUUCUGUACCUGAUGGUGACGAUGAGCUGCGGGAAGAGGCCAAGCGUAUUUUCAGUGCGAUGGACGGCCAUCGGAAACCGGUAACUGUCGCCAUUUGUGGGGCUUUCAGGCCUGAAAUCAGAGCAAGCAUCAAUCAGCUACAACGUUGGGAUCAGCGCGUGCGAGAAGGGCGGGCAGUGGCAGCGGGCGCUUGCGCUGCUGAGCGAGAUGUUGGAGGCGAAGCUGGAGCCCAAUGUCAUCAGCUACAGCGCUGCGAUCAGCGCGUGCGAUGGCGGAUCCCAGAUCUCCGGCGUCGUUUCUUGUUUCACAUCGCGGGCUCCCAGUCGCCUGGCCCUCGCGCCCAGAGCGAUGGCUCUCGGAGGCCAAAACAGCCAAAAGAUUCCCGCCGUGAUCUCUUCAUCACGAGAGGAGGUAGGGGAUAGCGGAUGGGCCGGCACUCCCGCUUCCGUCGAGCAGCAUGGCAGUCUCAGAGGAAGAUUCAAGUUGUGGCGAGGCGUUGUGGCUUGCCUACACGUGCACGCCC